GCAUGUAGUUUUUCACUGAUAGCAGACACAUCCGUCAUGUAAAAUCGAAAUAUAUCAAAAAAUAUGCACAAAACACUACGAAUUCACAGUGCUCCCUUUGCCCUUUCGCUUUUGAUUCAGUUAAUUUCCUUCUAAUCGCAUUCUGCAUCGAUGACUUUUUUAUUUUAAUUCUUUUUUUAUUCAUUAUGCUCCUCUGAGCAGAUAUAACGAUGUACAUCAUUUAUCUUUAUUUAAUCCUAUUAGUAAUAUAUUGAAAACUUUCCGAUGUAGCACACAGUGUAUAAUAUAUCGAAAUAUAUUUCAAAUCUCUACCACGAUGAUUUCAGUCUGUUAACUCCUUAAAUAUGAUGGUAAUAGUGAUGCUCAUUGAAUAUGAAUAAAUGGAUAAUCCUUUAACUUUGGAGAAAAAGAUUCUUUCACUUUCAAUGACCCAAAAAUUUUUGGUUUUAAAAAUUCAUUUUUUAUAAAAUGUAAGGUUUCUUUGUCAGCAAUACCUACAACAACAACAACAAAAUACGAGAAUAGUGAAAGAUUCAAUUAAUAAUCAUGAUAAAAAUAUAAAUUUGAAGACGGCGAAGAAAUAAAUAAAUCUCUGGAAUUCCGAAAUUGAAAGAGACUUCUUAUGUUUCCUUAUCAAUAGAAAAAAUGAAAGACAUUCGAGUUUUGUAAAUGGUAAAAAGAUGUUAUUAAAAUGAAGUGAAUUAAGAGAAGAAAAAAAAUACGGAAAAAAGUUCAGUGUCAAAUCUUCCCAACAUUCCUGUUCAUGUAUGCAUGUGUCUGCCACUAAAAAUAAUAUGAUGGGAAGACAAUCAUUUUGGAUUAUAUUCAUUUGGAUAUGUGCUUUAAAAAGUGGAUACGGAUUACAGGAGGUUCCAUCAUGGAUAUGCCUGGGUAUCAAAUCGCCAUUUAUUGAAUUUAAAGCUGAAGCCGAAGUACUGUCCAACGUUAGUGUGUCGUUGAAUGCAUCGGCCACCGAAAAGGGAUUGCAACAACAUAAGAGUGGAAUUCAAAGUCUGAGCACGUUUAUACAUCCCAUCAAUCAAUCAAGUGACACAACAAGCAGUAGCAAUAAGAAAACCCAAGAUGUGAUACUACCGAAACCAACGAAUGUUAAUAUAAUGCAACAAAAUAGAGUAGAAAAUGUGGAAAAUCCAGUUAUUGAAGAUAUGAACAACAAAAAGGAAGUUACAAUUAUUGAAGUACAUGACGACGAAUAUCUCGAUGAUAAAUCGGAAACGGAAAGGAAAUACAUCAUUCCGUUGGCAUUGAAAAAUCCAGCAGCUGAGCCCAGAAAAUCCCAAAUAUUCCAAGAUUCGUCGACCAACAUCGACGAUCUGAAGCGACAUAUUCUAAUGUUGCAAAAUCUCACCAAAAAUGACCAAAGUUUUCAGAGUAAGUUUGUGGUUUUCCCGAACUUGCAACAAAAUGUCACAGAACCAACAACCACUAAACGACCGUUAAUUCGAGCUAAUCCGACGAGACGAUUGCAUCUAAUUAAUACACCGAGACAGACUACAUUUAAAGAUGCCGAAAGCGAUGACUUGUUGCCACCUCAAAGAAACGAUAGAUUAACGAUAGUUCCUCAAGUGUUUCUCCAAAAUGAUCAGACGCCAAUGAACGAUGAAAGUUUUGAAGAUAAAAGGGACGAUAAAAAGGAAAUUCGCGUCAAUUAUACAAAGCGGAAGAGCUUUCGCAGUUCAAUGUUUCUAACAACAACAAAUCGUCCAACCACAAAACGUACCACACGCAAACAGAAAAACGGUCCGAAACGAAAUAGAAAUUUUAACAAAAAGAAACGAUGUAAAGACACGAUGAAUAAAGAGAUUAAUUGCUUCGGAGAUGGCAUUAAUAGAGACCACAAUCGAACAAUCGAAAUGAAGCAAAUCAAUCAAACUGUUUUACAUUCCAGCGAUUAUACAAAAACGUCGGUAAAUUAUCCACACGCAAGUGGUGAUGAAAACAAGAAAUUAUAUCGUUCGGUACGAAGUCAUCAAAGAAAUGCCAGCAAAGAAUUAUUAUUUCCCAGUUCUCUAAACGCCACACAACCAACGAAUGCUUACAAAGAAAACAUUGAUUUGAAUCCAGAAUUGUGUUACUCAGUGGGUGGACUCAGCUUCGGCCAACAGAAAUUAUGUGUUGCUCAUACCAAUAUCAUGCCAGCGAUUAGUCGUGGUGCUAGGUCUGCAAUACAGGAGUGUCAACAUCAAUUUAAAUCUCGGCGUUGGAAUUGCAGUACAGUGGAAAAUGAUUCCGUUUUCGGGCCAAUAACGGCAAUUGGCUCACCCGAAAUGGCAUUUGUCCAUGCAUUAGCUGCCGCUGGAGCAGCUAGUUUCGUAGCACGGGCUUGUCGUGAUGGUCAAUUGACAUCAUGUGGAUGCUCAAGAAGUGCAAGACCAAGACAAUUGCACGAUGACUGGACAUGGGGUGGAUGUGGAGACGAUUUAGAAUUCGGAUACAAAUUUUCACAAACAUUCAUCGACAUUCGCGAGAAAGAACGGAAGCGUGGCGCCCGUGGUCUCGUCUCGAUUCCUCUAAAAUAUCCGAAACUUGAUGAAAAGCUACUAACCGAAGAAAUGAAUGAGACCAGCGAAAAUCCCAACAACAACAGCAAUAGUAAUAGCCCAUUUAAACCAGAAGAUCUACUAGAAUUGCAAGAGAUUAUCAACAAAGAGAUAUUCAGCUCGAAAGUGCAAGAAAAGGAAAUGCAAGAAUUGCAGGCUAAAAUUAAUCAGAAACUUUUGAACUCAAAAGUGUUUAAUUUUGAACAUCAAGGACUGUAUAGAAACACAAAGAAAAUGAAUCGAUUAAAGAGCAGCGGUUCAGCAAAAGCUCGCACCAUGAUGAAUUUGCAUAACAAUGAAGCCGGUCGAAGGGCGGUUAUAAAGAAAUCCCGAAUCACCUGUAAGUGUCAUGGAGUUUCUGGUUCGUGCAGUCUGAUUACUUGUUGGCAGCAACUGACAUCAAUGAGAGAAAUCGGCGAUUACCUACAUGAGAAGUACGACGAAGCAACUCAAGUGAAAAUAAACAAACGAGGCCGUUUACAAGUAAAAGAUCCACGAUACAAAGUACCCACUGCUCUAGAUUUGGUAUACCUAGAUGAAAGCCCAGAUUGGUGUCGCAUCAACAGGCAGCUACAAUGGCCAGGUACCCAUAAUCGCGUUUGCAACAAAACUUCGUUGGGCUUGGACGGAUGUGCCAUACUCUGCUGUGGACGGGGAUAUAACACGAAGAAGAUCGUUGUCAAAGAGCGAUGUAAUUGCAAAUUUCAUUGGUGCUGCCAUGUUAAAUGUGACGUUUGUACUAAAGUUGUAGAGGAAUACAGUUGUAAAUAGUGAAAUGAAAUGAAAUAUGAAAUUGUCCAGUAAA